AUGGAUGCGAUUAGUGUCACACCAGCUAAAGUGCACAAAAUCAAGGACGAGGAGAUUCCCCGGAGAAGCACUAUGGACAUUGCGGGACUGAAAGAUUUUGAUAGUCAAAGUCAUCUAUUCCCAUGGCGCAACUUCUUGAAGUCCUUAGAAUCAGCAUUCAAUCGUAGACCGGAAUUAUUCGUUGUGAUUCUUGAUCUUGUUGUCAUUCCGCUAACACCGUUGUCAUUUUCGGCGAUUCUUUAG